AUGGUGCAGGUUAUUCCCAUCAUUUACUGGACAAAGUGGUUCAAUACAGAUCAAUGGGAAGGAUACAGCAUCAACACAUGUGGACUGCCAUACCAAUGUCAGCUUACACACGACAGAAAACAGCUAUCAAACAGCUCAGUAGUCAUCUUCCAUGCCUCUGAUAUGAACGAUAAAAAGGAUGUGCCUCCUAUGAGGGAGGACCGUGCCUGGGUGUAUCACAACGCAGAGGCGCCCAAAUACCAACCUGACAUUAUCGAUAAAAUGCAAUACAGCAUGACCUACCGCCUGGAUUCUGAUUUCCCGUGGGGAUACUUGGAGAAGGAUGAACUACUACAACACAUGCAAAAGCCUAUAAAUAAGCAGCAAUUCAAGCAAGAGACACCUGUGGCCUGGAUAGUGUCCAACUGCAAAGCAUCCAACUACAGACAUCACUACGUGCGAGAGUUGAGUAAAUGGAUAGAUGUCGACAUUUACGGCCAUUGCAUGGAGAACCAGCACUAUCCAGACAACACGACCACCAUCGAUCUGAUAUCCCAGUAUCACUUUUACCUGUCAUUUGAGAACUCAAAUUGCAAGGACUAUGUCACUGAGAAGCUGAGCAAUACGUACGUGGCAGGAACGAUACCCAUUGUAGACGGUCCCAGCGAUUACGGACCUUUCAUACCCAAUACGCAUUCCGUCAUUCGUGUGGAUCAGUUUGAACAUCCAAAAGAACUAGCGGCCUAUCUAAAGAGAGUGCUGGCAGACAAGAACCUGUAUAACUCCUAUUUUGAUUAUCGACGGGAGAGCGGUCUAUCAGAUCGGUUUCUAUCCACAUUGGAUGCGUAUGAACAAGGGAAAUGCAGUCUGUGUAGACUAGCGUACGAGCGAUACACCAACAUGUCACUCUACUACUAUCCGGGCAAAAAGAUCUACUUGGAUAAUACAUGCACCGCUUACAAACACUAUAGUUUCACGAAAACCAGCCUAUGGAGAAUAUACCUGCCUCUGAUGGUGUUGUUCCUGGUAGUCAGUCUGUGCUCUUCCAAAGUGAGAAGAAACAGCUACAGCAAACUAAAGAGUAUUCAUGUACCUUUUUUUUGA